CUCCAAGUUUCAAGCUACAAUUAAUCACGCACACACUCUCUCACCACACUACGUUUCUCUGCAUCUGUACGCUUAAAAAAGGAAUAAAAAAAAAAAUCUCAAGACAACAAAAGCAGCCCUUCUUUGUCUCUCUCUCUAGAAGAUAGAGAAAAAAAAAGAGCAUAGAAUAAAGUGGGAAAUUAAAGAAGAAGGGGCAUUGCCCAGAAAGGAAGAAGAAGAGAGGGGUGGCAGUUUGAGGAAAAACAUUAAACAUGGGAUGGAAACAUGAAAUGUGGGAUGUGAUUGUGGUAUUGUUGGUGGUGUUAUUGGGCACUUCUUGGGUUUCUCUUGGAACUGCUUCAGUAUCUUAUGAUAAGCAUUCUUUCAUUAUUAAUGGCCAAAGAAAGAUCCUUCUUUCUGGAUCCAUUCACUAUCCUAGAAGUACCCCUGAGAUGUGGCCGGAUCUUCUUAAGAAAGCAAAAGAAGGAGGCUUGGAUGUAGUCCAGACAUAUGUUUUCUGGAAUGGACAUGAACCUCAACCUGGCAAAUAUUAUUUCGAAGGGAGGUAUGAUUUAGUGAAGUUCAUUAAGUUGGCACAGCAAGCUGGACUUUAUGUUCAUCUCAGAGUUGGACCAUAUGCCUGCGCUGAAUGGAACUUUGGGGGUUUCCCAGUUUGGCUAAAGUAUGUUCCUGGUGUCAGCUUCAGGACAGAUAAUGGACCUUUCAAGGCUGCAAUGCAGAAGUUCACAACAAUGAUUGUUAAUAUGAUGAAAUCACAAAGACUGUAUGAAUCUCAGGGUGGUCCAAUAAUCUUAUCUCAGAUCGAGAAUGAAUAUGGACCGAUGGAGUAUGAACUGGGUGCACCGGGAAAAUCCUAUGCACAGUGGGCAGCCAAAAUGGCGGUGGGCCUGGGCACAGGUGUCCCGUGGGUCAUGUGUAAGCAAGAUGAUGCCCCCGAUCCAGUUGUUAAUGCUUGCAAUGGUUUCUAUUGUGACUGGUUUUCGCCAAAUAAGGCUUAUAAACCCAAGAUGUGGACCGAAGCCUGGACUGCUUGGUUUACUGAAUUUGGAGGUCCAGUACCUUACCGUCCAGCUGAGGAUUUGGCUUAUGCUGUUGCAAAGUUCAUAAUGAAAGGCGGCUCAUUUAUCAAUUAUUACAUGUUUCACGGGGGCACAAACUUUGGCAGGACGGCGGGAGGGCCUUUUAUUGCCACUAGUUACGACUAUGAUGCUCCUAUUGAUGAAUUCGGUUUAUUACGGGAGCCUAAAUGGGGUCAUCUGAAAGAUCUGCAUAGAGCAAUCAAGCUAUGCGAACCGGCUUUAGUCUCGGGAGAUCCAAACGUAAUAUCGCUUGGCAACUAUCAAGAGGCUCGUGUGUUCAAGUCGAAAUCGGGAGCUUGUGCUGCGUUCCUCGCAAAUAAUAACCAACAUUCUUUUGCUAAAGUGGCUUUCGGGAACAUGCAUUACAACUUGCCGCCUUGGUCCAUCAGCAUACUUCCCGACUGCAAGAACACUGUAUAUAAUACAGCACGGGUCGGUGCUCAAAGCUCACGAAUGAAAAUGACUCCCGUCAGUCGCGGGUUCUCUUGGCAGUCAUAUAAUGAAGAGACAUCAUCAUAUGACGAUAAUACAUUUACAGCUACCGGGCUGUUGGAGCAGAUAAAUACCACGAGAGAUGCUUCCGAUUAUUUGUGGUAUAUGACAGAUGUCAGGAUUGAUCCGAGAGAAGCGUUUCUGAAAGGUGGAAAGUGGCCUUGGCUUACGGUCUAUUCAGCUGGCCAUGCUUUGCAUGUUUUCAUCAACGGUCAAUUAGUAGGAACUUCCUAUGGAAGUUUAGAGAACCCGAAAGUAACAUUCAGUAAAGCGGUAUAUCUGAGAGCUGGUGUCAACAAAAUUUCGCUCCUCAGCAUCGCUGUUGGCCUUCCGAAUGUUGGCCCUCAUUUUGAAACGUGGAAUGCUGGUGUACUUGGCCCUGUUUCACUUAGUGGUCUUAAUGAGGGGAAGAGAGAUUUAACUUGGCAAAAAUGGUCUUACAAGAUUGGUCUUAAAGGAGAAGUAUUGAGUCUUCAUUCCCUUAGCGGGAGCUCUUCUGUCGAGUGGGUUGAAGGUUCUUUCAUCGCUCAGAAACAGCCUUUGACAUGGUAUAAGACGACAUUCGAUGCUCCUGCAGGAAAUGAGCCUUUGGCGUUGGAUAUGAAUACCAUGGGUAAGGGACAGAUAUGGAUAAAUGGUCAAAGCGUUGGGCGCUAUUGGCCAGGAUACAAAGCGUCUGGUGGUGCCUGUGGGGCCUGCAACUAUGCGGGUUGGUUUGACGAGAAAAAAUGUUUGAGUAAAUGUGGAGAGGCUUCGCAAAGAUGGUAUCAUGUCCCUCGUUCGUGGCUGCGCCCGACUGGGAAUCUGUUAGUUGCUUUCGAGGAAUGGGGAGGGAAUCCAUACGGAGUCUCGCUGGUGAAACGAGAGGUGGCUAGUGUGUGUGCAGACAUAUACGAAUGGCAACCGCAGCUGAUGAAUUGGGAGAUGCAAGCCUCGGGCAAAGCCACCAGACCGCUCAGGCCUAAGGCUCACCUCUCAUGUGGCGCUGGCCAGAAGAUUACCUCCAUCAAAUUCGCGAGCUUUGGAACCCCCCGGGGGAGCUGUGGAAGCUUCAGCGAAGGCACCUGCCACGCCUUCCAUUCCUACGAUAUUUUCCAAAAGUACUGCAUCGGGUGGAACUCGUGCACAGUACCUGUAACGCCCGAGGCCUUUGGAGGCGAUCCGUGCCCCAGCGUGAUGAAGAAACUCUCGGUGGAAGUUGUUUGCAGUUAAUGAUUUGCAACAUCAUAGGAUAAAGGAAUAAACACGGUAUCAGUUUAGUUCCUCGAUCACCCCACAACACAAACAUAUAUAUAUAUAUAUAUAUGUAUUCUGCAAAACUCGAUUCUUUGAAGUACUAUAUUGUCUUUUGGCCCGCGGAUGAAGUUGUACAGAUAUGCAACACGCCCUCCGGCCAAAGAAACAUGUAUAUAUAGUAUAUACAUACAUUAGUCGCCCCCGCCAUUUGCAGCUGAAGGUUGAAAUGCACAUCGAGACGAAACUAAGUGAGUCCAUGUGCAAAUUGGUGUGUUAAGAAGCUUUUGGGUCUCAGGAAGUUCAAAAGUUUAUUCCUUUUUUUUUUGGUUCAAUGUAUAAAAAAAAAAGCAAUAUUCUCAUUGCUUUGCCCAUUGUAAGGUGUAAAAUAUGCUUGGAAUAUAAUGUUGUAAUAAUAACAUCAAAGCUUUCUUGGUUGAAA